AUGCUGGAAGAACAGACAUGUCAUCUUCCCAAGGCCCAGUUGAGUGGACCAGGAAAUCAAGGCAUGUCCCUCCAGGGGCACAGAGCAACCUCCCGGGGCCCUCUGUCCUCCUGGGAGAGUCCUCCAGCGUCCAGAAGCAGGACUAGGUAUAACCUUGCUCGAGCACCCAGAGUCCAUGUGGGGAUGACACCCAGCGGGCUCUCAGGGGGGCUGAGUGGCCGCGUGAGCCGCCGGGCCCUGGGCAUCAGCAGCGUCUUCCUGCAGGGCCUGUGGAGCUCGGGCCCAGUCUGGGUGCCAACUCCAGAUCUCGAUAGAACCCUCGGCGGCCUCGAGGACCUGGGGAGCUGCCUGGCAGAAUACAUGGCCAAGGUGCACGCCCUGGAGCGCGUCAGCCAGGAGCUGGAGGCGCAGCUCAGGACGCAGCUAGAGAGCACAGCCACGCACUCGGAGCGCUGGGGAGCACUCAGGGCCUCCUGGGCCAGCAGCUGCCAGCAGGUGGCUGAGGCGGUCCUGGAAAAUGCCCAGCUCAUGCUGCAGAUGGAGAAUACCCAGGCAGGCGCAGAGGACUUGAAAGAGAGAUAUGAAAGGGAGCAAUCAUUUCGAAAAUCAGCAGAAGAGGAAAUUAGCUCUCUGUAUAAAGUCAUUGAUGAAGCUAAUUUGACAAAAAUGGAUCUGGAGAGUCAAAUAGAAAGCCUGAAAGAAGACCUUGACAAUCUGUCUAGGAGCUAUGAAGAGGAUGUGAAAGUGCUCUGCAAGCAGUUGGCAGGGUCUGGUCUAGAACAAAUGGACAUUCCCCUCAGCAGUGGUCUGGAUGACAUCCUUGAGGCAAUCAGAAUUCACUUGGAGAGAGACAUGGAAAAGAACCAGGUGGAGGCAGGAGCCUUCCUCCGUGCCAAGCAACAGGCAGAGGUUGUCCACCAGACCCAGGAAGAGAGGCUGACCGCCACCCUCAGCAUGGACCUCCAGAGCACCGCCAGCCAAGUGCAGCGCCUCCGGGCCGAGACAGAGUCCCUGCGGGCCCUGAAACAAGGCCUGGAGCACACCCUGCAGGAUGCCAAGCACUGGCAUGAGAUGGAACUGCAGAACCUGGGUGCCGUGAUGGGCAGGCUGGAGGCAGAGCUCAGGGAGGUGCAGGCAGAGGCUGAGCAGCAGCAGAGGACCCGGGAGCACCUGCUGGCACACAAGGAGCAGCUGCAGCGCCAGGUGGCGGCCGGCCACUCGCUGCUGGACAGGGAGGAGAGCGGGAAAGGCGUCUCAGGCUGCUCCAUAUUCAAGGGGCUCUCUGAGGUGGAUGUCAGCAAGUUCCUGGAGUUUUUCAGUUAA